UUUUUCUUUGCCAAUUUUAUUUCUUCAUGCUUUUUUCUUUUCUGCUUUCUUCUGUUUUUGUGGUUGGGGUAUUGUGUUACUGAGUUGUACGGCGAGCUUUUAUUAGAUUGGGUGUUUUCUUUUUUCUUUUUUUUGUUUUCUUUUUGGCUGUGUUUUGUUCAAUUGGGGAGUCCUGAUUUCUCUCUAAUUAUUUUGUUUCUCGGUUAGUGUAAUAGGCUGAACAAAACAUGAAAAUUGAAAUAGAGAGCUAUGGGUAAUUGAGUGGGUUAUUGGCUAGUGUUAGUAUGUGUCGAUCUUCCUUGGGCUUCUUUGUUCUGCGGAAGCUUGCGUUUGUACGAGAGACAUGGGAAAAAUGGGACUUGACACGAUUUAUGUGGACCCGGUAUAGGCUUCUUUGUUUCUUGGUUUGGUCUCGUAUGGUCAGUUGUAUAAUUACUAGCAAUUAAUAGGUUGCUAACAUCACUUUUUAAUCAGUUAAGUUAGCUUUUUAAGAGUUGUUGGCUUUAUUUGGUGAGUGUCACCCCAUUAGUAUUGGAUUGACUUAACGUCCCAACCUAUGACACCUAGUGGCGAAGUCUUCAUCGGUUGAUCCAACAAGAGUAGCAGUUGAUAUGAAUAGCAAAUCCAACAAGAGUAGCAGUUGAUAUGAAUAGCAAGUAACAUUGAAGUGUUACUUUUACCACCUGAUGUCUUGUGAGUUAGUACAUGACAGGCGGUGCUCAAGAGUUUCAGCUUUUGGUGCUUGCUUUGAUUAUUAUAAUUGUUUUUAGCGGCAGAGAUGACUGGAAUGUCCAAGGAAGAAGGGUCCGCUAGUCCUAGUUGGGGUGCUUCAUUUUUUAUGCAGACAAAAGAGGAUGUAGCUAGAGCUGUUGCUGCUGCUGUUAACUCUCCAAUGUCAUCAAAAGAUGAUAAUAGUGGUAGUCAACUUCAAAGGCUUCAGUAUCAAGUUGCUCGAAUGUUAAAAGGCUUUUCACACACUCCUGAUGUUGAAAACACAAAUUACAAUCCUGAAAUCCUGACUAGUCUGAAGCGUCAGUGGGCUGCAAACUUUCAGUUGCAGUAUAUGGACCAUAAGACUUGGAAGGAGCCCUCACGAUUAUUUGAGAGCAUGGUGAUUGUCGGACUUCAUCCUAGUUGUGAUGUUCAGGCACUGCAAAGGCAAUAUCUUGAAAGGAAGUUUGAAGGCUCUGCUAAAUUAAGAAGUGCUCUUGGUUAUCAGAGUCAAUCUUGUGUAGAACCCAAUAUUGAACCUCAGGUCUUAUUUGUUUACCCUCCAGAAAAACCGCUGCCUCUUAAAUGCAAAGAUCUUCUUUCUUUCUGCUUCCCGGGAGGCUUAGAGGUCCGUGCUGUUGAGAGAACCCCUUCCAUGAGUGAGUUGAAUGAAAUUCUUUUUGGGCAGGAACACCUUAAACAAAGGGAUUUGUCAUUUGUAUUCAGGUUACAGGGCGCUGACAACUCAACACUUUAUGGGUGUUGUGUCUUAGUUGAAGAACUAGUGGAAAAGCCUUCUGGAUUGCUUUCUCUGAUUUCUGAUAAGCAGCCUUCUUCCUCUUCUUUGAGACGACAUAUACUAACCACUCAGAGAUGUUACUGCAUUCUAUCAAGGCUUCCAGCUUUUGAAUUGCACUUUGGUGUAUUGAAUAGCAUCUUCACACAAGAAAGGCUAGAGCGGUUGACAAGAAGUGUUGUAGAUUUAAAUUUAGAAUUUGAUGAAGGUAAUAACUUAAAAGAAGAAAAUCCAGAGGGUUACUCAGAGAGUGCUUUGGUGAGUGAUGGACCAAUAGAAGAUAAAAUUGGUGAAAAUCCAAGAAUUUCUCCAUUGAGAGCAGGAAAUUCUACACCUGAAAACAUCGUGGAUGAUGAUCAACCAGAGCACCUAGUGGUUGAUGGGGAGCUGCAGACAUAUAAGGAGAGAAUCAACUAUGAUGAUGUUUUGGUUGCUGAUCAUGUAACAGAUAGUGCAACAGCUAAAGAAGAUUCUGGCCCUACAAUUUCUGAAACUAGUGAUCAGUAUGGAGAUGCCUUUGCUACAAACAAACAGUCAGAAGACAAACAUUUACCUAAUGCUAUUUUGCCCCUCCUGCGCUAUUGCCAGUAUGAAAGCUCUGAAUCUUCCUGCAGUUUUCAAGGAUCACCUUGUGAAGACAGAAAUUUUAGGAGUGAUGUUGAUGAUAAUGAGACAGAAGAAGCAUCUUUCUCGGGCCAAGAAGAUUUGAAUGACUUAAAUGAUAUUCUUGAAUGGGCAAAGGAAAAUAACCAUGGACCACUACAAAUUAUAAGUGAGUAUUACCGUUUAAGUUACCCUGCCAGGGGCUCAUCACUUACAUUUCAUCCUUUGGAGCACUUGCAUCCCUUGGAAUAUCAGAGAUCAGCUGAGUCUGUAUUACGUCUUGCUGGCUCAACAGUUGAUUUGAAAUCGUUCAGUACUGGUCUGGAACUAGUUGAUGCACAUAUUGCUCUUGUGGUAGAAGAGGCAAAUGCACUAUCUGUAUGGGCUGUAGCUUGCUUGUGCGGUACAUUGAGACUUGAAAAUGUGUUAACGUUCUUUGCAGGAGUUCUGCUAGAGAAGCAGAUAGUUGUUGUCUGUUCUAAUUUGGGAAUCCUAUCUGCUUCAGUUUUAUCAGUUAUUCCCCUAAUCCAGCCUUACCGGUGGCAAAGCCUACUAAUGCCAGUUUUACCAAAUGACAUGCUUGACUUUUUAGAUGCACCUGUCCCUUAUGUAGUUGGUAUCAGGAACAAGACUAGUGAAGUUCAGUCAAAGUUUACCAAUGUUAUUCUAGUUGAUGCUGAUAGAAACCAGGUGAAGUCACCAACAAUACCACAAUUGCCAAGACAGAAAGAGCUAGUCUCUUCUUUACGUCCUUAUCAUUCAACUCUUGUUGGAGAAAGUUACUUGGGUAGGAGAAGACCAGUAUAUGAAUGCACGGAAAUGCAGAUUGAAGCUGCAAAGGGAUUCCUUUCAGUGUUAAGAUCUUACUUGGAUUCUCUUUGCUGUAACAUCCGUUCUCACACGAUCACUAAUGUACAAUCCAAUGACGAUAAGGUAUCAUUGCUUCUGAAGGAGAGUUUCAUUGACUCCUUCCCUUAUCGGGAUCGGCAUUUUAUGAAGCUUUUCGUGGAUACACAACUUUUUUCUGUACAUACAGACCUUGUUCUCUCUUUCUUACAAAAGGAAUAGAGCUGCUGCCAUGCAGAAUAUUUUGGUUAUAUUAUGUUAUUGUUUCGUUUCACGGUUGAACGCAAGUUCAGUGUUGUAUAAUUUUUUUAUGUUGAGUUGAGUUAAAUUUUUCUCCCUUUCCUAAGGCUCUAUGCUUCUGCGGUACUUGUAAAUAUUAAUUUGAUUGUAGUAUUUAAGCCUAAAAGGGUUAUGUAGGGGAUUUAGUUCUAUGAUCUAAUGCUUUUUUGGUCAUCCACCAAUACGAAAAGAUAUGAUUGAUAUUACUCUAAAUUUUAAUCUAUUGCAACCAAUUCUUAGUUUGCUUAAAAAAAAUAUUUGGUUGCUGUUUGCUUCA